GCUGGAGGUGGUGACUGCCGGGUCAGGGGCGGCGCGGCCCGGGUCAUCCGCUCUAUGGUGCGCAGGUGCUGCGGCUGCCGGCGGACGCUUCCUCGGGAUGGAGCACAUCCGUACGACCAAGGUUGAGCAAGUGAAAUUACUUGACCGAUUCAGUACAAGCAACAAGUCGUUAACAGGAACCCUGUAUCUCACGGCCACACAUCUGCUGUUUAUAGACUCUCAUCAGAAAGAAACCUGGCUACUGCACCACCAUAUUGCCUUGGUGGAGAAACUAGCUCUCACGACUUCUGGAUGCCCUCUUGUGAUCCAGUGCAAGAACUUCCGGAUUGUGCAUUUCAUCGUUCCCAGAGAAAGAGACUGCCAUGAUAUUUACAACUCUUUGCUACAGCUGUCAAAACAAGCAAAAUAUGAAGAUCUCUAUGCAUUCUCUUAUAAUCCCAAACAAAAUGAUUCAGAAAGGCUACGAGGUUGGCAGCUCGUUGACCUCGCUGAGGAGUAUAAGAGGAUGGGCUUGCCGAAUUCCAACUGGCAGCUGUCCGACGCCAACCGAGACUACAAGAUUUGUGAAACUUAUCCCAGAGAACUUUAUGUUCCCCGAAUAGCAAGCAAACCAAUAAUUGUUGGUAGUUCCAAGUUCCGGAGCAAGGGAAGGUUCCCAGUUCUUUCCUACUAUCAUCAAAAUAAGGAGGCUGCCAUUUGUCGAUGUAGUCAACCACUGUCAGGGUUCAGUGCCCGGUGCCUGGAGGAUGAACACUUGCUUCAGGCCAUCAGCAAAGCCAACCCAGCCAACCGCUACAUGUAUGUCAUGGACACCAGGCCCAGACUGAAUGCAUUGGCCAACAGAGCAGCUGGAAAAGGUUAUGAAAAUGAAGACAACUAUUCUAAUAUUAGAUUUCAGUUUGUUGGAAUUGAAAAUAUUCAUGUCAUGCGGUCCAGCCUUCAGAAAUUAUUGGAAGUCAACGGUACCAAAGGGCUUUCCGUCAGUGAUUUCUACUCGGGUCUGGAGAACGCAGGAUGGCUGCGCCAUAUCAAAGCCGUUAUGGACGCUGCAAUCUUCUUAGCCAAAGCAAUAAUGGUUGAAAAUGCGAGUGUGUUGGUACAUUGCUCUGAUGGCUGGGACAGGACUUCCCAGGUCUGUUCCCUGGGCUCUCUCUUAUUGGAUCCCUACUACAGGACAAUCAGAGGAUUCAUGGUUUUAAUAGAAAAAGAUUGGAUCUCCUUUGGACAUAAAUAUUCGGAUAGGUGUGGCCAUUUGGAUGGUGACCCAAAGGAAGUUUCACCGGUGUUUACUCAGUUCUUGGAAUGUGUGUGGCAUUUGACUGAACAGUUUCCACAAGCCUUCGAAUUCAAUGAAGCGUUUCUUCUUCAGAUCCAUGAACAUAUUCAUUCAUGCCAAUUUGGAAACUUUAUUGGAAAUUGUCAGAAGGAAAGAGAAGAACUCAAGUUAAAGGAGAAGACUUACUCCCUGUGGCCGUUUCUUUUGCAUGACCAGAAGAAGUACUUCAAUCCUCUCUACAGUUCCACAUCUCAGAAAUUGGCAGUUUUGGAGCCAAAUACAGUAUCUUUCAAUUUUAAGUUUUGGAGAAACAUGUACCACCAAUUUGAUCGAACAUUGCAUCCUAGGCAGUCUGUGUUUAAUAUAAUUAUGAAUAUGAACGAGCAAAAUAAGCAGUUACAGAAAGAUGUUAAAGACUUAGAAUCUCAAAUUAAGCAACAUAAAAAUAAGCAGACAGAUGGAGUUCUCACCAAGGAGUUGUUAAAUUCCGUUCGUCCUGAAUCACCUGCCCUCAAAACCUCCUUGUGUCUCAAGGAGCAGACUCCGCUGCCUGUGAAAGAUGCUCUCCGAACUGUAGAGGGCAGCAGCCCCGCAGAUAACCGCUACAGCGAGUACGCGGACGAGUUUUCCAAAGCGGAGCCUGCUGCGGUCAGCUCAGAGUAUGGCGUGGCCAGAAUGACGUGUUAGGCUCAGAGAGAGUUUCCUGGCUGCCUGCGGUGCGAGAAGUGGAUUAUCGUGAGGAUGGUCUGUGUGUGUGACCCAAGGAAUUUGCCUAAUGAUGAUCUUAGAGUUUAGCAGUAGGUUGAUAGUUGAAGUCAGGAUGCUAACUGCUCUUGUGAGAGAAGGCAGUUUAGCUGCAUUUCUAGCAGGAAGUGAAUGACCUUCAGCUCUUUAAGAAGCAGGUGGUACUGGCCAGUUGACGCCAGAUGCAGUUUGUACUGUACACUAGUGAACGGACAUGUCUAUGAUUUACAUGUUAAUUGCAGCCAGACAGGAAUAGCCUUCCAUAAGUAUAAUUUGAUUGCCAGAAAACAAAACUGACAAAGUGGUUCCUUACUUAAUAAUUGACAUGGCAUGUACUUUCAAUUAUGUAAGUAUGUAACUAUGAAUAUUUGCAAAUUUUGCCUAUUAGUGGUGUUUAUUGUUGAAGUGCCAUGAAAAAUAUUUCUAAGAAAGCCUUAAAAUCUCAGUUUAUUCAUUACAUUACUCUUCAGUUUUAGAGCCUAGAGCAAGAUGGUUUGUUCUGUGUUUCCCUUGGUCAGUCCGGUUGUAUUUGUGAGCAGCUGCUCUGGUCCCUGCAGGAGCUGCAUGCUUCAGUGCCCCUGUGGAAACAAAACGGUGGUAGAAGGACACUGCCAAGCUCAUGUUUGGCUGGUCCCACUUCCGUGGUCAAAAUUAACGAAACUAACGGUUUUGUUCUGGUUACAAUUUGUUUAGUGCUACAUUUGACGACUUAUUAUUUACAACUUACAUUGUUGAUUUCUUGUAUAUGUGUAAGCACAUUUGACUGUCUUUUAGGAAUGGAUUACUGCAUCCUGUUGAUUCUUAUUUUGUGGCUGGCUUUAUUCCUUUGAUAACUAUGUAAGUUUACGAAGCUAAAGCUCUAAACUGUUCUUAGAAGCAAUGAAUAGUACAUAUAUGUAUAUUUUUAAACUGUUUUAUCUCUCAAUGAAUUGUUCUUCCUAGAAUAAACUUUCAAUUUACCCAAGAAUUUUUGGGUUCAAAAAAGGGAAUACGGAUAGUUUAGAUUUUGCUUGGUUGCAUGGAUUUUUCUCUGUGAAACAUUUUUUUCUUCUCUGUUAACAUAGAAGAAAAAAGAAAAAA